UGCGUUUAAAACCCAACCCAACCCCCCCACCGCUCUCUCCCGUCGAGAUCCCCAUCUGCAGCGGAGGCGGCAGCAGCAGCAGCUGACACCAGACGCUGCUGCACCGCAGCGGAGGAGGCCCUUCCUCUUCCGGUUGCAUCGGUGAUUCGGAGCACCCCUUUGCCGGCCGGCCGGCCUGACCAUGGCGGACGUGCAUGAACCAUUGGUGCGCCGCAAGAGGAAGAAGGUUUUGGUGGACUAUUUGGUGCAGUUCCGAUGGAUCCUUGUUAUCUUUGUGGUCCUUCCGAUUUCAUCUCUGAUCUACUUCAAUAUCUAUCUGGGCGACAUGUGGUCUGCCAUGAAGUCAGAGAAGAAGCGCCAGAAGCAGCAUGAUGAGAAUGUGCAGAAGGUUGUGAAGCGGCUCAAGCAGAGGAACCCAAAGAAGGAUGGCCUUGUUUGCACAGCCAGGAAGCCCUGGAUUGCUGUUGGCAUGCGCAAUGUGGACUACAAGCGUGCCAGGCAUUUUGAGGUUGACCUUUCUGCCUUCAGGAAUAUCCUUGAGAUUGACAAAGAGAGGAUGGUUGCCAAGGUUGAGCCCCUUGUGAACAUGGGUCAGAUUACCAGAGCUACCUGCCCCAUGAACCUUGCCCUUGCAGUCGUCGCUGAGCUCGACGACCUCACUGUUGGUGGGCUGAUCAAUGGUUAUGGUAUCGAGGGUAGCUCUCACCUCUAUGGGCUUUUCUCUGACACAGUUGUUGCAAUGGAAAUUGUCCUUGCAGAUGGCCGUGUUGUUAGAGCCACCAAGGAUAACGAGUACUCUGACCUUUUCUAUGGCAUUCCCUGGUCCCAGGGAACACUUGGGUUCCUUGUCUCUGCUGAGAUCAAGCUCAUUCCCAUCAAGGAAUACAUGAAGCUCACCUACAUUCCAGUCAAAGGGAAUCUGAAGGAUAUCGCGCAGGCCUAUGCUGAUUCUUUCGCGCCAAGAGACGGUGACCCUGCAAAGGUCCCUGACUUUGUUGAAGGAAUGGUGUACACUGAGAGCGAGGGUGUGAUGAUGACUGGUGUUUAUGCUUCAAAAGAAGAGGCAAAGAAGAAGGGCAACAAGAUCAACUGCGUCGGGUGGUGGUUUAAGCCUUGGUUCUACCAGCACGCUCAGACGGCACUGAAGAGGGGUGAGUUCGUGGAGUACAUCCCAACAAGGGAGUACUACCACCGCCACACCAGGUGCCUGUACUGGGAGGGGAAGCUGAUCUUGCCGUUCGGUGACCAGUUCUGGUUCAGGUUCCUGCUGGGUUGGCUGAUGCCACCAAAGGUGUCUCUGCUGAAGGCGACCCAGGGUGAGGCUAUCAGGAACUACUACCAUGACAACCACGUGAUCCAGGACAUGCUGGUGCCGCUGUACAAGGUUGGAGAUGCCCUUGAGUUUGUCCACCGCGAGAUGGAGGUGUAUCCGUUGUGGCUGUGCCCUCACCGUCUGUACAAGCUGCCUGUGAAGACGAUGGUGUACCCUGAGCCUGGAUUCGAGCACCAGCACAGGCAGGGCGACACGAGCUAUGCGCAGAUGUUCACGGACGUGGGCGUGUACUACGCCCCCGCUGCUGUGCUAAGGGGUGAGGAGUUCAACGGCGCGGAGGCGGUGCACCGGCUGGAGCAGUGGCUGAUCGAGAACCACAGCUACCAGCCUCAGUAUGCUGUGUCUGAGCUGAACGAGAAGGACUUCUGGAGGAUGUUCGACGCGUCCCACUACGAGCACUGCCGUCGCAAGUAUGGGGCGGUGGGGACGUUCAUGAGCGUGUACUACAAGUCGAAGAAGGGGCGGAAGACAGAGAAGGAGGUGCAGGAGGCGGAGGCGGCCAUCCUGGAGCCAGCCUAUGCAGAUGAGGCCUAGUCCUAGCUGUUGAUGAAGCGGCGUUUGUGAUUUAGAUGUCGGCAGCGGCAGCAGCAGCAGCAGCGUUUGUUUUGUUUACCUGAUGAUGGGAUUUGGAACGAGAUGUUGGUCUCGGUUCUGCUUGCUUAGAAUAACUUGUUGAUUGUGUAGUGUGUUUGUCUCUGUUGGUCAGUCGUUGCCGCCAUUGGUACUAUGUAGUGAGUGGCUUUUUAUCAUUUGUAAUGGAAUUGCUGAACUUAAUUCGGGAUUAGCAUGGAUAGCUCUUUUGUGUCUUGUCUAA